CCAAACCCAAAAAAAAUAAAAAAACGUAAAACAAAAGCUCGCGCGCACGCAUCCAAUUCCACACCAGCGGACACACAGCGGCUGCCUUUGCUUUGCCUCUUAAUUCCCACCCCCUCACAUUCAAUUACCCACUUGCACAUUCAAGAGGGAAUGUGCUUUUCUUGUUUAUGUGAGAGAGAGUGAGUGAGAAGGCGUUGUGUGUGUCUUUCUUUCAUAGCAUUUCUUAGCUGUUACUCAUUCUGACUCGCAGUGUAGACUAUGUAGUGCAGUAAAGAGGAAGUGUUUUUAAAGAAAGGAGCCCGUUGUUUCUUUUUAUUAACACUUCAAAAACCUCCUCUCAUUCCUCCAUUAAUGGUCACCUCUCUCUUUCUCUCUCCCUCGACAUUUAUUUUGCAAGGCAAACCGCGGGAUCUCAAAGAGACUGAACCCAUCUGCAAUUCAAUCUUUCCUUUUUCUCAUUAGGAAUCGUGAGGCGAUGUUGACUUGUAUUGCGUGUUCAAAGCAACUUAACAAUGGAUCUUUGCAACAAAGGGAGAGAGAAGAGGAUGUUGAUGUUGCUGCUUUGGAGACACCCAGGACUAAGCAGGCCAUCAAGGCUCUCACUGCUCAAAUAAAGGAUAUGGCAGUCAAGGCAUCAGGAGCAUAUAGAAACUGCAAGCCAUGUUCAGGAUCCUCGAACAAUAACAGUAACCGGAACUAUGCCGAGUCUGAUGCUGCCUCAGACUCAGCCAGGUUCCACUGCUCGUAUCGUAGAACAGGAAGUUCCAAUUCGACCCCGAGAAUGUGGGGGAAAGAGAUGGAGGCAAGACUAAAAGGGCUAUCAGGUGGUGAAGGCACACCUGCUUCAGUAAGUGGCCGGACAGAGUCCGUGGCUUUUAUGGAGGAAGAUGAGCCUAAGGAGUGGGUUGCACAAGUUGAGCCAGGCGUGCUCAUCGCUUUUCUUUCAUUGCCUGAUGGUGGCAAUGAUCUGAAGCGGAUUCGAUUCAGUCGUGAAAUGUUCAACAAAUGGCAAGCUCAAAGGUGGUGGGCUGAGAACUAUGACAAGGUCAUGGAAUUAUACAAUGUUCGACAGUUCAAUCAUCAAGCAGUCCCACUUCCAACUCCGCCAAGAUCUGAAGAUGAGAGCUCAAAGCCUGAAUCUGCCAAAGACAGCCCUGUGAUUCCUCCACUGGGCAAAGGAUGCCCGCACAAUUUCCACCUUCCAACAGGAAUGGAUUAUUCUUCAUCAGAUUCACUUGACCACCACCCAAUGCAAUCCCACCAAUAUUAUGAUUCAGCUGGUCUUGCUUCAACACCAAAGCUCUCUGGCAUUGCUGGGGCUAAAACUGAGACAUCAUCAAUAGAUGGUUCUGUGAGGACUAGUAUGUCAAGAGAGUCUGAUCGCUCAGAAGAACUUUCCAUCAGUAAUGCAAGCGAUAUGGAGACUGAAUGGGUUGAACAGGAUGAACCAGGGGUAUACAUCACUAUCAGAGCUCUGCCUGGAGGCUCUAGGGAGCUUAGACGUGUCAGGUUCAGCCGAGAAAGAUUUGAAGAAACGCAAGCAAGGUUGUGGUGGGAAGAGAACCGAGCCAGGAUACAAGAACAGUACUUGUAGAUUAGCAAACAGAUGAGAUGGUGGUGCUAGGAAAAUGUGUCUACCUUCAACUAUACAAGUAGGCAUUCCAUGGAUCUUGUGAGCUGAAUAGAUGAAGCUUCUUGUAUUACAUGUGCCCAGUCCCAUGUUUUGCUUUAAUAUUUCUUUCUUGAUUCUUUCCUUUCUUCUUCUUCUUAUAUCUGGGUGGAUAAUGUGCCAUUAUUAGGUGGCUUUGGAGUUUGGUGAAUGCGGUGUAGAAAUUAGAUAGUCCAUAGGAAGUGUUAGUUAUGGUUAUGCUAGAUGAUCUUUAGUAAUAUACACUAUCAUUUCGCUCAUAAUUUAAACUGGUCUCAUCAUUUUAAUA